AUGCGUUACUGUUCUCCACCCACUGUGACCCACUCAUCACCCGAAUACCUCAUCAAGAACAUCGGUGAUUGGCUGGAGUUAUUCUGUCAAUCAAACGGCCACCCCACUCCAAGCCUCUCCUGGCUGAAGGACAGUCGAAAAGUUAAUCUAAAACAAAACGGAAGUCGUCUGAUCGUUGGUGACGUCAGAAGGGACUCAGCAGGGAUGUACCAGUGUUUGUUUAGAAAUGAUCUUGGAAGCGCCACGAGGCAUAUUAGACUGGAUGUUAAAGAUAAACACUGGAUAUCUUCAGACGGUGUACACAUAGUGGAACCACCGCGAAACGUGACGUCGAUGGAGGGCAGUGACGUCAAAAUGACGUGCAGAGCCGAAGGACGCCCAAGCAGCGUCACAUAUCAAUGGUACAAGGACCGACUUAACGUCAACAGCCAUCCAGGUUUAUCAGCGCGGGUCAUGGUAAACAACAACAACAACAACAACAACAACAAAAACGUAAACAUAAACAAAAACAAACUCAAACCUCAUCACAAACACCACCACCACCACAACAACGUCAUGGAUGAUGACGACGACGAUACUGAUAAUAGUAUUGGCACUCUCACCAUCGUCAAUAUCUCUAAAGAUGAUGAUGGCUGGUACACAUGUGCGGCCACCAACAAUGUCGGUAGAGUGGCCAAGGUUGAUGCCUACCUCAAUGUCACGUGUGAGUUGCUUGCUUGUCUUAACAUUUAUUUGGCGCUAAACAAAUCGUUUAUAUGGCGCUAA